AAUAAUGGUGGAAUUGAAACAUUUAUUUCGCUUCCUCUACUUCCAUAUUAAAUGAGUGGAAAACACAAGAGUGACAUAAGACGUGACGGUGACUCUUAUCGUUUUAAUUAAAUAUGCAAAUUUAAUACCGAAACCAUCUGUGAGAGAGCACUUAUUAAAAACUGACUGAAAAGUUUUCAAGUCCAUUUAGUUUAAAAUCAGUUGUCGUUAUCUUCAGAACAAACGUGUUUUCUUGUGUGUUUUAAAAUGAAAUUAAGUACAUCUAUAAUUUGUGUUUUUGUUUUGGUCAUUGCACUGGUUGCACCAAUUCAAGGCACUUUUUGUCCAUGCGAUGGAGCUAAGGGGCAAGUUUGUGGCUCUAAUAAGGUCACUUACAAUAGUCGUUGUGAAUUCGAUUGCACCCAGAGGCAAUACAGGCAGCUGGGUAAAACUUUGAAUAUUGCAAAAAUGGGACCAUGCGAUAGCACCUGACUAGGAAUGCCAUGGAAAAAGUUAAACAAAUUCAACUUUUGAAUUUCAAUGUUAAUGAGUUUUUUGAGAUUAAUGUAAUGUAUGUAUGUACUCAGUUUGUGAUAUGAAAAUCGUCAUGGUAAAAUAAAUAAAUUAAUUAGUUAAACGUU